UUUCUUAAUUAUAUGAGUACAUUCAACUAACUAAGAACUGGAAUUUAACUUUUGAAUACCUACAAUAUCAGCUGUAUUUAACAGAGACUGUUUUUAUAAGAAAAUUUCCAUGUCCUUGUUUUUAAAUAUUGCACUCAUCAUAUAUGUUUCCUGUGUAUAUUUUUCAGCUCAAGAUAAUGUCGGUGGUGGAUACGUUUUGCGUAUGGUACCUCGAGAUGGAUGGCUAGCCCAACCUCCACUUAAUAAUUGGGUCCCCUUAAAGCUCCCUGUAAAACGUGUAAUUGUUAUACCAACAAGAACCCAAGAAUGUGAGACUCAGGCCUCUUGUACAUAUACGGUUCGGAUAACCCAAACCUACAAUAUCGAGUCACAACAACAGGAUGAUAUUAUCUAUAACUUUCUCAUUGGUGGUGAUGGAAAUGUUUACGAAGGCCGUGGCUGGAAUAACAAAGGUUCGGUAAUAAAAGGUUUUAAUGAUGACAGCAUAAGUUUAGCCUACAUAGGAUCAUUUAAGAAGAUGCCACCGUCCUACAGACAAUUAAAUGUUACCAAACUAUUACUGGAGGAAGGAGUUCGUUUGAAAAAGCUCUCUCCGGAUUAUGAAAUUGUUGGGGCUAACAAAUUGGAUCCAACAUCAGUUAUGACUAUAGCAGAUGCUUUGUAUAAAAGUUUUGAGAAUUGGCCACAUUGGUCAGCUUAUUAAUAUUGAUUAUGUGUAUGUACAUAUGUUUAUAUAUUAAGAAUAGUUAAGUGAAAAUUUUAAUGAAACCAUUAUGACAAACUGGA